AUGGAAGACACUUACAUCGACUCCCUGGACCCUGAAAAGUUAUUACAGUGCCCCUAUGAUAAAAACCACCAGAUCAGGGCCUGCAGGUUUCCUUAUCAUCUUAUCAAGUGCAGAAAGAAUCAUCCUGAUGUCGCAAACAAAUUGGCUACUUGUCCCUUCAAUGCUCGCCACCAGGUUCCUCGGGCUGAAAUCAGUCAUCAUAUCUCAAGCUGUGAUGACAAAAGUUGUAUUGAGCAGGAUGUGGUUAACCAAACCCGGAACCUUGGACAAGAGACUCUGACUGAGAGCACAUGGCAGUGCCCUCCUUGUGAUGAAGACUGGGAUAAAGAUUUGUGGGAACAGACUAGCACCCCAUUUGUCUGGGGCACAGCUAACUUCUGUGGCAACAACAGUCCUGCAAGCAACAUAGUCAUGGAACAUAAGAGUAACCUGGCUUCCGGCAUGCGGGUUCCCAAGUCUCUGCCGUAUGUUCUGCCAUGGAAAAACAGACUGAUCCCUGUGGAACAUAAGCGGAAGGUAGACAGGAGGCACCUGAGGGUGCUUCAGCCUUGA